AUGUCACACGAUUUCAAUGGGCUACUUGUUGACACUGUCAACAGAGCUAAUCUACUUUCACUCGCCGAGGACAUCACUCAAAUGACAAAAGAAAUUACGGAGUACCUGCAAUCCAACGGUUGUCCCCAACCCACCCUCUCAGCUGAUUAUGUUGGACAUCCCGAGACGGUCGAAUAUACUGUGCUAUAUGGAAAGCUCAAAAACUCUCUUGAAGAUCUGUUGCACCUUGUUCGAGGUCCAAAGAGACACGUGUGGGAUAUUUGCUGCGAGGGAUACGAGCUUGCGGCAAUCCAAGUGGCUUUGCAAUUUAAGUUCUUCGAGAUUGUUCCCCUCGAAGAUCAAAUAUCGAUCGAGGCCUUGGCAGAAAAAGCCGGUGUUGAUCUUGAUCGGACACGCCGUAUUGUCAGGCUUUUAGUGACAAAAUUCAUCUUCGAAGAGCCAACCCAGGGGUAUAUCAAGCACAACACAAGUUCCUAUCUCCUGCACGUGGAUGAGGAAAUUCGUUCAACUAUGCAAUACACCAUGGACGAGAUGUUCAAGGCUGCCUCGGCCACUGCUGAUAAUGUGAUGGCAUCGCCGCUCAAGUACGACAGCGCUUUAACUCCAUUCUGCACACGACAUGGCAUGCCCCCUUUCAAAUUUUAUGAAAAAGAUACCCAACGAUCUAUUCGUUUUGCCAAAGCCAUGGCUGGGUGGUCAAAAUUGAAUCUCAACCUCAAUGCGCUCAAAGAAUCAUUUCCGUGGAAUGAGAUCAAGGGCACUGUAGUGGAUGUUGGCGGCGGAAGUGGCAAGGUCUCAAUCACUCUAGCCCAGAGCUUUCCUGACCUCAAAUUCAUUGUUCAAGACACGGUCGACAUGCACGCGGCCGGGCAGUCGCUUCUAACCGAUCAAACCAAAGAUCAAGUCUCUUUCAUGCAGCACAACUUUUUCGAUCCACAGCCGGUUGGAGAUGCUGCGGCAUUUCUCUUACGUAUGUGUGCGUUGAAUUGGUGUGAUCGCGACGUUGUCGCCAUUUUCCGUGCGCUAGUGCCGGGGCUUGAGCGCUCGGAGCCUACCACACCCCUACUUAUCAAUGAUGUUGUUUUGCCUCCGCAUGGGACAUUAACGCGUAAUUUCAACCGUGGCCUUCGUCAGGCAGACGUUUUAUUGAUGGUUAUCUUUGGUGGCAAGCUACGUACCCAGUCUGAAUUUGCUGCACUGUUGAAGGAAGCGGAUGAGCGAUAUGAGAUUCGCAACUUUUACCCGGAAGAAUUUAUGGGUCUGCUUGAGGUCUACUUGCUGCGCUAA